AUGAUAGCAUCGCUAGUUAGUUUAUCGAGUCACGUACUUGUUACAUCGUUUAAAGUGCUUCAUUCUGUGGUUCCCGCUGUGGAAUACGUAGCAUCGUACUGGACAAUGGGUUCAAGUAAAGUAGACUUCAACACAAAACACUUGGAAAAAGGUGACCCUUUACCGCCUUAUAAUGGGAAGUUGCGUAUUUACAACAUGCGCUUUUGCCCGUGGGCACAACGCGCUAUUCUGGCGCUGAACGCAAAGCAAUUAGAUUACGAAGUUGUUAACAUUAAUUUACAGAAUAAACCAGAAUGGCUGAAUUCCAAGAGUAUUUUUGGAAAAGUUCCCGCUCUUGAAAUUCAAGAUGGCGUAACUAUUUGCGAGAGUUUAAUAGUCGUGGAAUAUUUAGAUGAAGCAUACCCACAGCGGCCUCUACUCCCUAAAGACCCAGCGAAGAAAGCUUCUGACAAGAUCAUUGUUGAAGCUUUUGGUCCAGUCACAAGUAUAUUUUACAAAGCCAUAAUGGACCCAGAAGCAAUUACAGACGAUGUCCGAGCUGCCUUCCAUAGGGCUUUAAAUUUCGUACAAGAACAGUUAAGUCUGCGAGGCACAAAGUUCUUAGGCGGCAGUGAGCCUGGCUACGUUGACUACAUGAUCUGGCCGUGGUUUGAGAGAAUCACACUUAUAGAUGCAGUGCAAGCUCAUGUGGCGAUUGAUCAGCAAAAAUAUAAACUUUUGACGGAAUAUAUAGCAGAAAUGUUCAAAGAUCCAGCAGUAAGCCAGUAUCUAAUACCUAAAGAAGUGAUAUCUACAUUCAUGGAUAACUACAAGAAGAAAGUGCCUCUUAAUUAUGACGUGCUUCUAGAACAGUAG